AUGCCACUGUUGUAAGUUAGACGUGUUAACCGUUCACUUUUCGGAAUACUGAAUCAUCGUUUCGUCUGAGUCAGUGCGUAUUGUGAUGUUUGUAGUUGUUUGCGUGUAAGAACUGCGUAUUUGUUAUGCACGCCAUGGGCGACCCCGCUGCGCUAGCCGGCAUGUUACCCUUCGACUCGAUAGGGCUGUACGAGCAGCCGAAGCCUCGUUUCAUCUUCAAGAUGCCGAGGGUAGUUCCUGAUCAAAAGGCCAAGUUCGAAUCCGACGACUUGUUCAAGAGACUGAGCAGGGAGAGCGAGGUGAGGUACACCGGUUACCGUGACCGUCCGCCAGAGGAGCGGCAGAUGAGGUUCACCAGCGGCUGCCGCGAGGGUCACACGGAGAUCGCGUUUAUAUCAACCGGCACCAACUUGCAACUAGUCUUCGAUCACUCACCGUAUAACAACCGAGGGUGCGACUUCCAGAAGGAAAACGGCAAAGUACACAUCGUGUCUCGAUUUAUAAUGAAUGGUGUCUGCGUCCGAUGGCGGGGCUCGAUCGAUUUGGAGAAGCUUGAGGGGAUCGGGUGCUUGGAGCUGGACGAGGAGAGGGCUGCUAUCGAAGAUGCGGCUUUGAGAGACCAGAUUGAACGUUAUAACCAGAGGCUUAGGGACUUUGAAGAUAAGCAGCGCGCCUACCGUGAGCACGGGGAGGAACUGCGCGCGCAUUCCCACGUACAUGCGCAGCGCUUCCACCAGUCACGACAGCCACCCCACGGAGCCAACCCCACUCAUCCCCACGCCGCACACCCCGUACACAUAAAACCUCAUUCUCAAGGAGCUCUUAUAUCAUAAACAAUACGCAAUAUUAAAACAACAUACAGACUCAACUUGUAAGUUGUUCGUAGUUGUAGCGACGUUGAUGUCUUUAAUAAGGAAGUUGCUUAAAGGAGAUAUUUUAUUUUAAAGGAGAUAUUCAUCUUCGUGUGAGCUUUCGACAAAUAAUUUUGUGUUAGCAUUUCAAAUUAUAAAAGUCAACGAUAAUAACCAAAUAGUAAUGCCUAAGAAUCAAUACUUACAAACAUUUAAUAAUGUCAUUUAAUUUUAAUAUUCUAACUUAGCAGAUAUCGCAAUAUAAGCAGGAAUAUAACGUAGAAGUUUACUGUCGCAUUUUAAAUUUCAAUAAGUUCAAAACGUUCAUUCAAAAAGAAACAAAUUAAAUUUUU